UUUGCAGGCUUUAUCCACUCUGUGUUUACCGCUCAAAAUGUUUGUAAGACGUAUGGCAGUGGCAUCUUUGAGACGUUCAACAACACUGCGUUCCAUCUGAAGUCCACUUGUCCUGUAACGCUCACACACUUCACACAUGCGGGAGUGGACUGUCACAUCAUCAUUCAGCGUGCACCGAAUGGCCUAAUGGAUAGAGUGGAGAUCAUUGUGAAUAAAGUCAUCACCUUCAUUCACAACAACACACUGACUGUGGAAGGCAAUAGAAUUUCACUUCCUUACGACCACACCUAUCAACAUGUGUUUCAUUAUGGAAUCUAUACCAAGCUCAGAAGCAAAUUAUUGCCAUUGUCUGUCACCUGGUACAGUGUUUCUGAUGGUGUCAGUUUGCUCCGGGUGCAACUGGAUCAGGAUUUAGUGGAAGGUAUGAGUGGACUUUGUGGGCACCAAAAUAGCUCAGAAACCAUGCAGCAGUUGAUAUUCGACAACGUUCCCGCUGAUGGGCAUUGUCUGACUCAAGACUCUGUAGAAGAUUCAAACAAAAUUUGCAGCAAUGUCAUGUCCCAUGCCAAAGAAUGUCUCGGUAGUAAACAUACAAAGUACAAGAAAUUGUGUUAUAAAAACAUGCAUGGCAUCAGGCAUCAAGAAGCAAACUGCUCCUUUUUUAAAGAGCUCUCAAUGAGAUGCGGCAGCUCCAGUCCACUGUGGACAGUGUGGCGUUCAACAAGCAGCUGCUCCGAACCUAAAUGUCCUGGAGACCUGCAAUACACAGAGUUGGGACAUGCAUUCCCCCCGACCUGCACCAACCCACAGCCUAUCCCAGAAAUAACCAGCACCUGCCUGCCUGCUCAGGGGAAGGUCCUGAAUGAUCAUAUUGAUGGUUACCGUUCCAUACAUGUGGAGGACUGUCCAUGUGUGCAUGCAAGGAUAACAUAUUUACCAGGGCAGGAACGCAGAACAAAGUGCCAGACCUGUACUUGCAUCAGAGGCAAGUGGUCAUGCUCUGCAAACACAUGUCCACCCAAGUGUAUUAUAGAGGGCCAGUUCAUCACUACAUUUGAUGGCAAGCAGUAUUCUCUACCUGAAAGAUGCACCUAUGUGGCUUCAAGGGGGCUUAGCUGGACAUUGAACAUUCAGUUUUCCAGGCAAGCUGUUGCAAUCGAAAAGGCAUAUCUUAAUAUAAACCAGGAAAGAUAUACCUUCUCUGCAAACAGUGUACAGCUGAACAAUAUAGAUAUCAGUGAUCUGUCACAGACUGAGUCCACCACAGUCUUUUGGCAGUCUUCGAUGUUCAUUCAAGUUCAGACUUCAUUUGGACUUAAAAUGCAAGUUCAGGUUUCUCCAGAAAUUCAAAUUUAUUUGACUUUGCCACCAGACCAAACAACCAAAGGACUUUGCGGAACCUUUAAUAAUGAUACCAGUGAUGACUUCACCACCUUCAGUGGUAUCGUAGAGAGUUCAGUUCAGCUUUUUGCCCAGUCCUGGUCAAUGGACAGCUGUUCCACAACACCAACAUGCAUCAGCACUGACAAUGAGAUAUUUGCUGAGGACAACUGUGACAAACUGAGAGAUCAGAAUGGAGUGUUUGCUGUGUGUCACGACUUCGCUUGUGUACAAAGAACAUGUCGGUGCUCGACUGCAUUAAAUGAGUGCUUGUGCAUCUCUUUUGGCAACUACGCCAAAGCGUGUUUAGCUCAGGGGAUCACUAUUGAUGACUGGAGAAGGACGACAAACUGCCUUCCUUCAUGCCAAGGAAACCUGCAGUUUGGCUACACUAAUUUGGCGUGCAACCACACCUGCCGUUCCAUCUCGGGCCCUGAUCCCACCUGUGAGGUGGUGGAUGACCCCGUGGAGGGGUGUAGCUGUAUAUCAGGCACUUACCUGAACAACCAAGACAUCUGUAGCCCUCAUGCACUUUGCAGCUGUCACCACCCAGGUGGUGUCGUACCUCCAGGUCCAGUGGUCAUCGGUAGACGCCAAUGCAUGUGUGAAAAUGGACAACUUCGAUGUGUCGAUGUUUGUGAUUGUCCAGUGGGAAAGAUUUGUAUGGAUUGCUCACAAAUACCUGUAAACACAGCUUAUAGGACAUGCGACAGCUUGACCAAGCCACUCAGGGAAGACAACAACUGUAUCAGUGGCUGUUAUUGUCCAGAAGGCCUUUUUGAGGAUCAUAAUGGUGGUUGUGUGACUCACGAUAACUGCACUUGUCAAUUCAGUGGGACGGUGUAUUUAACUGGACAGAGUGUGGAGACAAACUGUCAAAUAUGCACAUGUAGAGGCGGUGAGUGGUCUUGUAUCGAUGAAGCAUGUUCUGGAGCCUGUGAGGUGUUUGGAAAUGGGCAGUACCGCACUUUUGAUUCCAAAUGGUACCGAUUUGAUGGGCACUGCCAGUACACCCUAGUGAAGGAUGCAGCUUCUGGUGGACAUGGCCAAUUUGCAAUCAAAACUGAGAGUGUUCCUUGCUGUGACGAGACUUUGACAUGUUCUCGCGCCAUAUCAGUGGAGCUACUGGAUGAGGUGAUUCUGAUCUUAAGCGAUAUGAAGGUGAGUGAGAGACCUCUGGCAGGGAUUACCAAGGUGUUACAGGCAGAGCCUCUGUACUUCAUCAACACUGUGGGCCUCUACAUCAUCAUCUCAGUACCAGGACUGGGCUUCACUGUAAUCUGGGACAAACACACAAGAGUCACCAUCCAGCUGGAUUCUCAAUGGAGAGGUAGAGUGUUGGGUCUUUGUGGGAACUUUGAUGGAAAGGUGACAAACGACCUUCUGACUAGCAGCUCCUCAGAAGUUUUCAGUGUGCGGGACUUUGGGAACAGUUGGAAGACAGCAGCUCCGCCAUGCUCGGAUGUGACGGAAGAAAUAUUUCCCUGUGAACGCCACUCCUACUGUGCAGCCUGGGCCCAGCGACGCUGCAUGAUCCUGAGAUCGGACACCUUCCAAGAUUGCCACCUGAAGGUGGAUCCAGAGCCUUAUUACCAGGCCUGUGUUUUGGAGUCUUGUUCUUGUGAGUUUGAGGGAAAGUUUCUCGGCUUCUGUACUGCUGUCGCAGCUUAUGCAGAGGCUUGCAAUGCAAAGGAUACCUGCAUCAACUGGAGAACCCCAGAUUUGUGUCCGGUAUAUUGUGACUAUUACAAUGAAAAGGGCCAGUGCAGCUGGCAUUACGAUCCCUGUGGCCAGGUUAAGACCUGCGGCACUAAUAACCUCUUUACAGCAAAGCUUGAAGGCUGUUAUCCAAGAUGCCCUGCAGAGGUACCAUACUAUGAUGAGAACACAGCUAAAUGCUCCACCUUGGACAACUGCACUUGUCACUUCAUGAACAGAAUAUUGACACCUCUUGAUGAAUUUUGUACUCCACAUCGGUGCUGUAAAUGCCUUAAUGGAAACAUUGUCUGUAUUUCAUCAACUACAACUACAUCUACCUCCACAUUUACAACUAUAACGGAGCCUACAAACACAACCCAACCAACUACAAUGAAACCCACAUCUACAGCACAAACAACAACUUCUGGAAGUACAACAAAAACAACUUCAGUGGAGCCUACUACCCCAACACCACCAACUACACUGAAACCCACAACCACAACAGAACCACCAACUUCCCAGAGCACAACACACACAGAUACAACUACAGCAGAACCCACAACAAAAACAACUACAAUGGAGCCUACAACCACAACCCAACUAACCACAUUGGAACCCACAACCACAACAGAACCACCAACUUCCCAGAGCACAACACACACAGAUAAAACUACAGCAGAACCCACAACAAAAACAACUACAAUGGAGCCUAAAACCACAACCCAACUAACCACAUUGGAACCCACAACCACAACAGAACCACCAACUUCCCAGAGCACAACACACACAGAUAAAACUACAGCAGAACCCACAACAAAAACAACUACAAUGGAGCCUAAAACCACAACCCAACUAACCACAUUGGAACCCACAACCACAACAGAACCACCAACUUCCCCGAGCACAACACACAUGGAUACAACAACAACAAAAUCCACAACUACAACACAUCUGCCAACUUCUGAGAGCACAACACACACAGAUACAACUACAGCAGAACCCACAACAAAAACAACUACAAUGGAGCCUACAACCACAACCCAACUAACCACAUUGGAACCCACAACCACAACUGAACCACCAACUUCCCCGAGCACAACACAAUCAGAUGCAUCUACAAUGGAAAGCACAACCACAACACAAUCACCAACUUCUGGGAGCACAACACACAUGGAUACAACAACAACAAAAUCCACAACUACAACACAUCUGCCAACUUCCGAGAGCACAACACACACAGAUACAACUACAGCAGAACCCACAACAAAAACAACUACAAUGGAGCCUACAACCACAACCCAACUAACCACAUUGGAACCCACAACCACAACAGAACCACCAACUUCCCCGAGCACAACACAAUCAGAUGCAUCUACAAUGGAAAGCACAACCACAACACAAUCACCAACUUCUGGGAGCACAAGACAAUCAUACACAACUACAAAAGAACCCUCAACCACAACACAAUCAUCAACUUCUGGGAGCACAACACACACAGAUACAAAAACAACAACAAAAUCCACAACUACAACAACUACAAUGGAGCCUACAACCACAACCCAACUAACUACAUUGGAACCCACAGCCACAACAGAACCACCAACUUCCCCGAGCACAACACAAUCAGAUGCAUCUACAAUGGAAAGCACAACCACAACACAAUCACCAACUUCUGGGAGCACAACACACACGGAUACAACAAUGACAAAAUCCACAAUUACAACACAUCUGCUAACUUCCGAGAGCACAACACACACUGAUACAACUACAGCAGAACCCACAACAAAAACAACUACAAUGGAGCCUACAUCCACAACCCAACUAACCACAUUGGAACCCACAACCACAACAGAACCACCAACUUCCCUGAGCACAACACAAUCAGAUGCAUCUACAAUGGAAAGCACAACCACAACACAAUCACCAACUUCCCAGAGCACAACACAAUCAGAUGCAUCUACAAAAGAACCCUCAACCACAGCACAAUCAUCAACUUCUGGGAGCACCACAUACACAGAUACAACAACAACAACAAAAUCCACAACUACAACACAUCUGUCAACUUUCGAGAGCACAACACACACAGAUACAACUACAGCAGAACCCACAACAAAAACAACUACAAUGGAGCCUACAACCACAACACAACCAACUACACUGGAACCCACAACCAUAACAGAACCACCAACUUCCCAGAGCACAACACAGUCAUAUACAACUAUAACAGAACGCGCAACCACAACAAAAAAAACUACAAUGGAACCUACAACCACAACACAACCAACUACACUGGAACCCACAACCACACCACAAUCACCAACUUCCCAGAGCACAACACAAUCAUAUACAACUACAACGAAACGCACAACCACAACACAAUCACCCACUUCUGGGAGCACAACACAAUCAGAUACAACUACAAUGGAACGCACAACCACAACACUGCCAAAAACUAACAUACCUACAACCACAGUAUCCACAACAGGAUUCAUUAUAAUAACUGGCCCAACUAUCUCCAGUGCUACUACAGGACACCAAAUUGUGAACACUACGACUGUAAAUCACACAACAAUGAGCCCUUCAGUGACAUCAGUGGUCAGUUCCACAAAUUCUGAACACACAACUCCAGUGUGUGAGUGCAGAGAUGUGAUGAGAAACAAAAGCUGGCCGUGUGGAGCUACUUGGACAGAAGAUUGUGCUGAUAAAGCCUGUAGGGCUGGAGUCAUUGAGGUCAAAUCUUUUACCUGCCCAGAACUCAAGGACAGGACUGACUGCCCUGGAGACAAGAAGAGUCUGGUUAAAAAUGAGACGACUUGCUGUAAAAGUUGGCAGUGUGACUGCCAGUGUCAGCUUUAUGGUGACCCUCACUACAUCUCCUUCCAGGGUGUUGCUUUUGACUUUCUGGACAACUGCACCUACACUCUAGUGGAGGAGAGAGUACUGAUUCACCAUUUUAGCAUUACUGUAGACAACUACUACUGUGAGCCUGAUUUUGAUGCUUCCUGCACUAAAGGCAUCACAUUACAGUUCAGCAAUGACACUGUCACACUUAUGACAGUUGUUGAAGAGGAUACAGAGGAAUCCAUGGUGGAGUCUACUUUGAACCAGGAAAUUAUCAAGCCACCUUAUGAUGAUCAGGUCUUCAGGUUUGAAAGCAAUGGUGGCCAGGUGUAUGUCUACAUAAAACCUAUCCGUUCCUAUGUUUCUCUUACACCGUUCAACACACUGGUAGUCAACUUGGCAAGAGAACACUUUCUCAACAACACCCAAGGACAGUGUGGUGUUUGCGGUGGGCAGUCGUGCAUACGCAAAAAUGGUGUCGUUGAAAUGGAUAACUGCUGUGAUAAGACUGCGUAUGGCUGGGUCGUAGAUGAUCCUUUGAAGCCCUACUGUAAAUCUCCUCCUAAAGAAGUUAGUUGUGUCAACCCAACACCUACAACUCCACCUCCCUGCUAUGCACCAAUAUGCGAUCUCCUUCAGCACGAAGUGUUCGCGGAGUGCGGCAAAACGAUCAACCUCACAUCUGUGGAGAACAACUGCAGGUUUGACCAAUGCUUAACCAAUAGUUCCUGUUCCUCUCUGGAGUACGCGGCAUCCGAGUGCAAGAGGAUUGGCAUCUGUGUGCACUGGAGACCAUUCACCAAUGGCCUCUGUGAGGUCAAAUGUCCUAAAGGAAUGAUCUACGAUGAGUGUCGACAGACUCCAAAUGACGUGUGUCAAGGCGGCAUGCGUGUGCCUGCAAAACCUGUGGAUGAUCUGAGAUCAGGCUGCUUUUGCCCAGACGGACAAGUCCUUGCCGAGGAACACAAGCAAAUCUGUCUACAUGAAUGUCCUUUUUGUAAAGGGCCACUGGGCGAGCCCAUGUUGGUGGGGUCAGUAUGGGAAUCAAACUGUCACACAUGCACAUGUAACAAUCAAACCAAAACUGAAGUGUGCACACCCAAACCUCCAAAUCCCACUCCAGUGUGCAGCCCCUACUCCUUACUGAUGUCUGACUGCUGUAACAGUAAAGUCUGCGUCAUGAAGACCUGUGAGUACAAUGGAACAACUUACAAGGUGGGUGACAGGUGGACAGACCCCUCACGCCCAUGUGAGUCUUUCAGCUGCACUGAGACAGGAACUGAGUUGGAGAGAAGAAUAUGUCCGUUGCAGACCUGCGCUGAGGAUUCACGCGUAUGGGACAAGAAUCAUUGCUGCUAUACGUGUAAUGUUGCUUGUACUACCAGAAUGACCAGGAUGAAUGUCACGGUUGAAAACUGCACACAGGAAGUUGAGCUGCCCAGCUGUGAAGGCCAGUGUGAGACACAACACAGGUUGGUUCAGUUUCAUGGGACACUUCAGCUAGAACAAGAUUACAAGAGCUGUAAGGAGAGAAGUUAUGAGAUGAGAGAAAUCACACUGACUUGCAGAAAAAACAACCCCACACACUUCAAAUACAGACACAUCACAGGCUGUGAAUGCAAGACUUGAGCUUCAUGUGUCAGCAUGUUAUGAUGUAUGAGAAUACUGGUUAAUGUAGUGGUGUGAUUAAUGUGUGUGUGUUUUCAUGUUUAUGUGUGAUUAAUAUUUAGCUACUGAUGUGAUGUAUGGGCUUAGCUGGCAUGGCCAAGCCAACUUUCCAUUUUUGUCAUCUGUUAUCCACUACGUAACACAAAAUCGCAGCCUACAGACACAAUCGGUCUAACACUGUUGAUUUGAUCAGUGAACUAAUUAAGUUAUCUUCAUUUCUACUUUUCAUUCUGUGCUGUUAGUGAAAGUGUAUGCUUAAAGAGCCACAAUUGAAUGUUUAGUGUCUGUCUGACAACGUAUGCCAAAAUGAGUGCUUUUUCUUGUCUGAAUGAUAGCAAGUCUAUUCUGCCAUUUUAACAGUUUUCCAAACUAACUGCAGCUGGGUGGCUGAAAUGAAAUGCAGUUUGAAUGACCUCAUAUUAAUUAAGGGACUACAUUGAAUAUUUAUACUCUUAUAACGCCACAGGACUAAUAAUUAAUUAAUUAAUUAAUAAUUAAUGCAUUUGGCAGACGCUUUUAUCCAAAGCGAAUUACAGUGCAAUUAUUACAGGGACAAUCCCCCUGGAGCAACCUGGAGUUAAGUGCCUUGCUCAAGGGCACAAUGGUGGUGGCUGUGGGGUUCGAACCAAUGACCUUCUGAUUAAUAGCCCUGUGCUUUAGCCACUACGCUUCCACCACUCCACACUAUUGGACUAUUGGAGUUAACUGUAAUAAAAGGAAAUUUCACAUAUAUUUUUAGUAUUUUUAUUAACUGUUUUGUUUUUCUGUCCUAUUUGAAUAAUGUCAAUAACAAUAUAAAGAUUUUGGUUGUAAUCAAGUACCUGUAAUUUGAAUAUGAUUCCAUGACUAUUUGUAAAUCAAACAUGUGACUGUAACCUGAUUUCAGGUGUAAAUGCUUAAUGCUAUUGUAAUCCACUUUAUGGAUUCAUAAUUAAAUAUGAUCAUUUAAAUCAUUAAUGUGGCUCUAGUAAAAAGUUUAAAUGUUUACUUUUACAUUUCCCUCUCAAUAACAAAUUAAAAACAAUUACCUUACAAAAA